UUCUUAUGUAAAGUUAUGUUUCUGAUGUGACAACUAGGUUAAACGUGAAUUAUUAAACUUUCAAUUAUAUAUUAUGAAUUUUAGUUGCAGAAUUAUUAAAUACCAUCCAAGUAAAAUAAAAAUAUUUACAAAUAAAAUGUUAAAUCGGUAUUCAUAAAAAAAGAAAAAGAAACUCAAACCUAAACCACAAAACUUAACUGAAAUAUUGAUGGCGAGUAAUUUGAACUACGUUACGUUUAAAAACGUUGAAGACGAUUUUCAUUAUUGCGUAAGAAAAGGAUUAUUGGUGGUUUUUAAUUUUGUAAACUUUAAUCACUACGUUACUCCGCGAUAUGCAGCUCACAGUGACGUCAACGAGUUUGUAACUUAUUUCAAAGAGAAGAAUUUUUCUAUAGAAAAACAUUUAGAUUUAACUAAAAGAGAAUUGAUCGUUGAAUGUAAUGAGGUUGUUUCGAGAAAAGACAUCGAAGGUUACGAUUGUAUCAUGGUACUAAUAUCAAGUCAUGGAAAUCAAACAGGAAUAAUUUGUAAAGACAAUGAAACAAUCUUGUUGAAUGAUAUUAUAGAAAUAUUCAGCGGCCAAAAAAGUCGAAUCCAAAUACAAACGCCUAAAAUAUUUUUUAUACAAGCUUGCCGUGGUGAGGAGGAUGAUAAGGGUAUAUAUAUUUUGCAAAAAUCAAGUUUAAACGAUUGCACACUUAUGUCUGAUUCUGCUACAAAACCAUUUUCGUUCUGUAAAAAUGUAUUUGUGGCGUAUUCAACUACCGAAAACAAAAAAGCGUAUUCAUACCCCUAUCAUCCUGUUAAAAGUAAGAAUUCAGGAAAGUUAUAUGGUUCAUGGUUUAUUUUGUGUCUACUUUCAAUAUUUAAAGAAUACUCUGAAAAAGACGAUUUAUUGACUAUGCUUACACGAGUCAACAAAGCAAUGUGUCUCUAUGGAGAUGAAGAAGAAAAGAAACAGAUAUCCUCUCAAGUUAAUAGACUUACUUACAAAAUUUACUUUACAAAAAAUUUGUAGAAAAGUACACAAAUAUAUUUGAGGUGCACAUCA